CUUCCUCAAUGGAACGCACCUCCAAUUUGACGUUAAUCAAUAUCCCUUCUCUCUGAAUGCCUUCCCUUCCGAUUCGAUAUAUUCCAGAUGGAAACCGACUACCAUCAUGGCCGGGUAUGGCUCUGGGAGUUUCUAUAAUGACGGACCCAAUGGCAUACAGGUGGAUAAUUCCGAGCACGAUGGAUGGAUAGUCUGCGAGUGGUAUCAUGGGGAUAACGCUCCGCAACUCUUUCAAAUGAUUAAAUUCUUCGAUAAUGUGGGACUGAACCCUUAUACCGACAUUCCAGCCACAUGCUCGAGAGUCCUCCUGAUUCCACAAUGGAUAUGAAUGGCACGGAAGUACCUAUCAAGAAUUCCCUC